CGUUGUAGCUCUAAAGUGAUAAAAUUUAGCGGUAACAAACAUAUUGGUAACAGUUCGUCUGUCUCAUUCAACUCAAAGUGAAACUAUCAAAAUUUUACAAUUAACAAUCCAUCAAUAGUAAUACAUACAUAUGUAUAUAUGUAUGUAUAAUAAGACAAUAAUACAACUAAAAUAUAAAAUUUAUUUGUUGUCAAUUAAGAGCAAAAGUCCUGCCUAAAAGUGAUAUAAAGAAAUAAUAUUAAAUAAAUUAUAUUUUAUAACGUUUGUUGUUCUAUCCCUUAAAUAAUAAAAAAUGUUAAUUAAAAAGAAUUUUAAAAACAAAACCAACGUUCCAAACUAAAGAUACCAAUAUAAACAAAUACAUUAAAUACAAAUAAAAAAAUAAAUUUUUGACAAAUACAAAAGUUUAAUAAAGACCAUAAAUCAUAUAAUAAAGCAAAAUGUUCCGGCGGACGACAAUCGUAUCAUUCCUGGUAUUAUAUACCUGUUAUAAAUCGAGUGCUCAGAGUGAAGCAAUUAGCCCAAUAAAUACGAUGGAAUUAAAAGCAACAUUAUCUGAACCUCGAGCUUAUAUACCAGAUGCACAAUACUUGGAUUUCGUUUAUCAUAAUCAUGAGGAGCUAACUAGAUUUUUAAGAUCAACUAGCGCUCGUUAUCCUAAUUUAACAGCAUUAUAUUCAAUUGGCAAAUCCAUACAAGGCAAAGAUCUUUGGGUAUUAGUUGUUUCAUCAUCUCCUUACGAGCACAUGGUUGGUAAGCCUGAUGUGAAAUACGUGGGUAAUAUUCAUGGCAACGAGCCUGUCGGUCGCGAAUUACUGCUACAUUUAAUUCAAUAUUUAGUAACAAGUUAUGAAACUGAUCAAUAUGUGAAAUGGUUGCUUGACAAUACUCGAAUUCAUAUAUUUCCCUCAAUGAAUCCUGACGGUUUUGCAGUUUCAAAGGAAGGUACUUGUGAUGGAGGUCAAGGGAGAUAUAAUGCCAGAGGUUUUGAUUUGAAUCGCAAUUUUCCUGAUUAUUUUAAACAAAAUAAUAAAAGAGGACAACCGGAAACAGAUGCUGUGAAAGAUUGGAUUUCUAAAAUACAAUUUGUUUUAAGCGGCAGUUUGCACGGUGGUGCUUUAGUAGCAAGUUAUCCUUAUGACAACACUCCAAAUGCUAGACGAUUGAAAGGAAUAUGUAGAUCAUCGGCUUUAUGUGCGAUGUUUCAAACAUACUCCGCAGCCCCUUCCCUAACACCUGACGAUGAUGUGUUUAAACAUCUUUCAUUGGUGUAUGCUAAAAAUCACGCCAAGAUGUCUAGAGGAGUGGCUUGUAAGUCCGCAACACCAGCCUUUGAAAAUGGCAUUACAAAUGGAGCUGCAUGGUAUCCUUUAACAGGGGGUAUGCAAGAUUAUCAAUACGUUUGGUAUGGAUGUAUGGAAGUUACAUUAGAAAUAUCAUGCUGUAAAUAUCCUCCGUCAUACGAAUUGAAGAAAUAUUGGGAAGAUAAUCAAUUGUCCUUAAUAAAGUUUUUGGCCGAGGCACAUAGAGGAGUACAAGGUUUUGUGCUAGAUCCAAAUAAUGCACCUGUGGAGAGAGCAUCAUUAAAAAUAAAAGGUAGAGAUGUAGGAUUCCAGACAACCAAACAUGGAGAAUUCUGGAGAAUUUUGCUGCCUGGAUACUAUAAAUUAGAGAUUUUUGCUGAAGGAUUUAAUCCGAGAGAAGUUGAAUUUGUGGUUGUUGAACAACAUCCAACGCUAUUAAAUGUCACUUUACAGCCAUCAACGCGUACCGACACGAUUCCAAUAUCUCAAUUAUAUCGGCCACUUCCCGGGCCAUCUCAAAAUCAUCACUAUCGUCCCGGACAAUCUUAUAGUGAUUCUGGAAUUUUUUCUUCUAUUACUAAUGGCCUGAAUAACUUAUAUUCUAAUAUAUUUGGCUGAUCGUUUCAAUCGGAGCUUUUCUCUAUUCGACAAAAAAGUUUCUGAAAUUGAAUUAGUUGAAUAAAAUUGGUAUAAGAUUAUUAUUAAGAUAAAAAGUUGAUAAGUAAAAUAAAAAACGUUUUUUUUUCCUUAUUCCACACAUUUCACAAUGUGUUAAAUUAAUUCCUAUAAGAUUAUUAUUAAGGUAAAAAGUUGAUAAGUAGAAUAAAAUUUUUUUUCCUUAUUCUUCACAUUUCACAAUAUGUAUGUGUUUAAUUUUUUUUUUUUGUAAAUUAUAAUAAAUUAUGAUAUCGAU